GGAGCUUGUUUGGGCGGGAAGUAAAAUAAAAGAUGGCAACUACGCUGGCUGUUGUGGAAACAACGACAUAGAAAAAAUAGAAAAGGAUGCAACGGUUGAACGGAAACACGUGAAAUAUGAUGGAGAUGACAAGGACCUCCAGAAUAAUGAUGAGGGCGGUGAGCCUAUGAACUAAAACGAAUGUGUGUCUUUGCUCGUCCCGAGGACGAUAACUUCAAAAUGGCGUCUCGGAUGAGAUUUGAACCAUAUUUUAGUACUCGGGCGACUCGGGCGAAGGCCUGCCGUACAUGGGCAACACAUUCAGAGCUUGGUGGACUCACUCUUGUUUAAACAUUGACAACCAAGGCUUUGGUGUGUUCCCAUGUGACCUUUGUAACAUUGGGUUUCCACUGGGUGUUCUUAUGCUUAUGGAAACAUCUGACAAAGUCACAUGAAGAAGUGAAUGGUGUGGCAAUUUAACAUUACUCCUGAUUCCAUGAGGCAGUUUGACUAGAGGACUUUAUCAUGGAGAAACAAAACCAAUUACGGAUGAGGAAGAAAGCUUCUAAAACAGACAUGAAGAAUGGAUGUGAGAAAGCAUCCAUAGAAACAAGUGAUGAUAACACAGAGAAGGGCAUCGCAUCCAUAGAAACCAGUGAUGAUAAGACUGACGAGGACAACGCAUCCAUAGGAACCAGUGAUGACAAGACAGACAAGGACAACGCAUCCAUAGCUAGAAGUGAUGAUAAAACAGAUGAGGACAACGCAUCCAUAGCUAGAAGUGAUGAUAAGACUGACGAGGACAACGCAUCCAUAGAAUCAAGUGAUGAUAAGACUGACGAGGACAGUGCAUCCAUGGAAACAAGUGAUUGUAGGACAGGCGAGGACAACGCAUCCAUAGCAAAAAGUGAUGGGAAGACCGAUGAGGACAACGCAUCCAUGGAAACAAGCGAUUGUAAGACCGACAUUGAGUAUGAGAGUGGGAUGAUUCCUGAUAGGAGUGGUGAUGGUAAGAAAGAAGGUUCCAAGUCAAGUGACAAGAAGAGACACAAGAGGAGUCACCUACGCGUCAAGCCAUUUCAGUCUAGUGAGUUUUGGAAAGCAUUGACAGGGUCAGGUACCCCAAAAGGCCCUGUAAAACGUCAAAGUACACCAAAGCCAUAUAUGUGUAGGGAGUGUGGGAAGGAAUUUACAAGGUCAAAUGACCUGCGGAGACACAUGAGUUGCCACAGUGGAGUCCGUCCCUAUCUGUGUAGUGAGUGUGGGAAGACAUUUUCACGUUCAAGUACCCUGCAGACCCACAUCAGAUGUCACAGUGGAGUCAAGCCUUAUCAGUGCAGUAAGUGUGACAAAGCAUUUAAGGCAUCCAUGAGCCUGAAGAGACACAUGGUGUAUCACAGCGGUGUCAAGCCUCAUGUGUGUGGCGAGUGUGGGAAAGAUUUCAUAACAACAAAUGAAUUACAGAUUCACAUGAGGUCUCACAGCGGAGUCAGACCAUAUGAAUGUACUGAGUGUGGGAAGGGGUUUACAACAUCAGGAAGUCUACAUAUUCAUAUGAGAUCUCACACUGGAAUCAAGCCAUAUCACUGUACAGAGUGUAGGAAAGCAUUUUCAACAUCAGGUAACCUGCAAAAUCACAUGAGGUCUCACACUGGCGUCCAGCCCUAUCAGUGUGGUGAGUGUGGAAAAACAUUCACACGAUCAAGUGGCCUCCAGAUACACAUGAGGUUUCACACUGGAGUCAAGCCUUAUAAAUGCACUGAGUGUGGCAAAUCUUUUACACAGUCAGGCCACCUGGUGGGGCACAUGAGGUGUCACAAUAAAGGUAAGGCUCACCUGUGCAAAAUGUGCGGGAAAACAUUUAAAGAACCAAGUCAGCUGCAGAUACACGUUAUGACUCACAAUGAAGAGGAGCCAUUUGAGUGUAAUGAAUGUGGGAAAACAUUUACAGAAUCAAGUCACCUGCAGACACACAUUUUGAAUCACAGUGUAGACAAGCCCUUUGAGUGUGAGAAAUCGUUUACAGAAUCAAGUAACUUGCAGACAAACAUUUUGAAUCACAGCGGAGACAAGCCCUUUGAGUGUGAGAAAUCAUUUAUGGAAUCACUUAACCUGCAGACCCACAUGUUGAAUCACAGCGAAGACAAGCCCUUCGAGUGUUGUGAGUGUGGGAAAACAUUUUCAGAAUCGAAUCAGCUGCAGAUACAUAUUUUGAGUCACAGUGUGGAGAAGCCCAUAGAACGUAAGAAAACAUUUCCAGAAUCCGGUAACCUGCAGUCACGCAUUAUGAAUUACACUGCAGACAAGCCCUUAGAUCGUGAGGAGAAAACGUAUACCGAUUCAGAUUGCCUGCAGACACACGUGAGCACUCAUGGUGGAGAAAAGCCCCUUGAGUGUAAUGAGUGUGGGGACACAUUUACAGAAACAGGUCACCUGCAAACACACAUGAGCACUCACAGUGGAGACAGACCAUUUCGUUGCAGCAAGUGUGGGAAAGAAUUCACAAAAUCCAGUUUACUGCAUAGACACAUGAUGAUUCACAGUGAAGCGAAUCCCUAUGAGUGUGGCGAGUGUGGCAAAGAGUUUGACUCAUCAGGUCAUCUUCAGUCGCAUAUGAAGUGUCACAGUCAAAUCAAACAGUGAAAGCAUCUGCAAAAUUAUGUACUAUUAUUAAGCAUGUUACAUAUUGAGUGUUAACAUUUAUACAAGAAAGCUUUAUCAGUGAUAAGAACGCUUUUAUUUACAAUUUACACAAGCUUCCCGAGCAGACAUUGGUGGAGAAAGGCUGUGUAAGUCUGGGAAUGUCGGUGACAUCACAUCCUUUGCAGUUGCAUAUGAAUGCAGUCUAUGACCUCUCCACUAGCUCGAGGAACAAGUCAUUGUAUCCAACUUAUACAGACGUUCGUCCAGUACGCACAAAAAUAUUGCAUAUACAUUAAAAUAUAUUGUAUCCCGAGGGAUGCACAACAACAGCCAUUGUACAAGUUCGUGACAAGAAAUAUAAACAUGAUAAAGGUAUAUUAUUAUAGUCAUUAUCAGUCUUACAAUACAGUACACUCCAUUUCAUUACUUUACAGGACUAUCAUAUUGCCAGUAGGGACCGGGGGCACGGCUGGCCCAGUCGCCUAAGGCGCGUGAUUCGCUGUGCAGAGUUGCGUCCCUUGGGCACGCCAGAAACCUAUGAUUGUGGGUUCGAAUCCCGGUUCGCCCUGAUUAUGUUUCUAGGU